AGCUCCCCACAGAAUCGCAAACCCACCAAAUUCGUAAAUUGGAGAAUAAAAAAGAAAGCAAAUUUAAUAAAAUAAAAAAAAAAGGAAUUGAAGAAAAGGCAAAGAAGAUCGGGUUGUGAUGAGCAAAACCCAGAAACCAAAAAAAGGGAAAGGAGAUAACUUGUCCACAGUAGUAGCUCUAUGAUUUUUUCUCACACGCGUCUUCUUCAUCGCCUAGCUUCUGGUUUCUCUCUCUUGCCCCUUCGGCUUGAUUUUGGGGUUUUGAAUUUUGUUCUGGUCCCAUGAGAACUCGGAGAUGGAAAGAAAAUAUGGAAGUGGUGAAAUAAGUUGGGUGUUAGACUGAGAAAUCUUUGGUGGGUGUUAGUCUGAGUCGACUCGGUGGCUUGGUUGUGUACCAUCGCGAGGAAAGGGGGUUCUUGUAUUUUGGGGCUCUUGCCUUAAAGUCGACAAAAGAAGGAUAACUUGUCCCCUGAAGAGGUUAUAUGAAAUCUUCUCAUGUUGUGAAGUGUUGAGUUGGCAGGAGUACUUGUCAUUGUCUGAAACCCACAUCUCUGACAUAUGCGGUAAUGCAACUCUCAACCCUUUUGUGCGAUUUAGCUUUGGAAGUGGUAGAGAGAUAAGUCUGCAAUGGGCGGGCAUUGAGGACCUUUUGGUGUAUGUUUUCUACUCAGGUGUUUGAUUAGAAUUGUGUUUGCGUAACUAUAGUUCUCGAGUUUGGGGGAAGGAGAAUAGGCUCUUUGUCCAUAAUUUGUAUGUGUUGUAGCUUCAUAAACUGCAUAAAGUUUGUUCCUUUGAGGUGAAAGAAUUGAUUCUGUUGUAAAGGAUACAAUUUGGUUUCUGGGCGCUAGAGGGGUGUUAGCGUUUUGGUGAAUUCUGUGACUGAGUUGAUAAGAAGCACUCCGAGUAAUGGAAAUGUCCUACAAGGAUGGUAAAGCCGGGAGUUUGGACAACGGGAAAUAUGUAAGGUACACACCUGAGCAGGUUGAAGCACUUGAGAGGCUGUAUCAUGACUGUCCCAAACCGAGUUCAAUUCGCCGUCAGCAGUUGAUUAGGGAAUGUCCUAUUCUCUCUAACAUCGAGCCAAAACAGAUCAAAGUUUGGUUCCAGAAUCGAAGAUGCAGAGAGAAGCAGAGGAAGGAGGCCUCUCGGCUUCAAUCUGUGAAUCGGAAGAUGACCGCCAUGAAUAAGCUCUUGAUGGAGGAGAACGAUAGGUUGCAGAAGCAAGUAUCACAACUGGUCUACGAGAACAGUUACUUCCGUCAACAUACCCAGAAUACAUCACUUCCAGCUAAAGACCCAAGCUGUGAAUCGGCGGUGACGAGUGGUCAACAACAAUUGGCAUCACAGAAUCCUCCAAGAGAUGCUAGUCCUGCAGGGCUUUUGUCCAUUGCAGAAGAAACUUUAGCAGAGUUUCUUUCGAAGGCGACUGGAACUGCUGUUGAGUGGGUCCAGAUGCCUGGAAUGAAGCCUGGUCCGGAUUCCAUUGGAAUCAUUGCUAUUUCUCAUGGUUGCACCGGGGUAGCAGCACGUGCUUGCGGCCUGGUCGGCCUUGAGCCUACGAGGGUUGCAGAAAUCGUCAAGGAUCGGUCCUCAUGGUUCCGCGAGUGCCGAGCUGUGGACGUUUUAAAUGUGCUGCCAACCACAAAUGGUGGAACCAUCGAGCUUCUUUAUAUGCAGCUCUAUGCACCAACUACAUUGGCUCCACCACGAGAUUUCUGGCUGUUGCGUUAUACCUCUGUUCUAGAAGAUGGCAGCCUUGUGGUGUGUGAGAGAUCUCUUAAGAACACUCAGAGUGGUCCUAAUAUGCCACCGGUUCAGCAUUUCGUUAGAGCCGAGAUGCUUCCCAGUGGGUACUUGAUACGACCCUGUGAAGGUGGCGGUUCAAUCAUACACAUUGUGGAUCAUAUGGAUUUGGAGGCUAGUAGUGUCCCUGAGGUCUUGCGCCCACUUUACGAGUCACCAAAAGUUCUUGCCCAGAAGACGACAAUGGCGUCUCUGCGUCAGCUCAAACAGAUUGCUCAGGAGGUUUCUCAGACUAGUGUUAGCAAUGGCUGGAGCAGGCGUCCUGCUGCUCUACGAGCUCUUAGUCAGAGGCUAAGCAGGGGCUUCAAUGAAGCUGUUAAUGGGUUCACCGAUGAAGGGUGGUCAGUGAUAGGCGAUGGCAUGGAUGAUGUGACAAUCCUUGUGAACUCUUCACCCGACAAGCUCAUGGAUUUGAAUCUUACCUUUGCCAACAACGGGUUUCCACAUGUUAGCAAUGCAGUUCUAUGUGCAAAAGCUUCAAUGCUUUUACAGAACGUUUCUCCGGCAAUCUUGCUUCGUUUUCUGAGGGAGCAUAGGUCAGAAUGGGCUGACAACAGCAUUGAUGCGUAUUCUGCAGCGUCGAUUAAAUUGGGUCCCUGCAGUUUACCGGGUGCUUGGGUUGGAGGAUGUGGAGGACAGGUUAUUCUCCCUCUUGCUCAUACCAUCGAGCAUGAAGAGUUCUUGGAAGUCAUCAAGUUGGAAGGUCUUGGUCAUUCACCCGAAGAUGCAAUCGUUCCCCGGGAUAUCUUCCUUCUGCAACUUUGUAGCGGAAUAGAUGAGAGUGCUGUCGGGACCUGUGGUGAACUCAUCUUUGCUCCGAUCGAUGCUUCUUUUGCCGAUGAUGCCCCUCUGCUUCCUUCCGGUUUUCGCAUAAUCCCUCUUGAUCUGGGAAAGGAAGUGCCUAGUCCAAAUCGAACCCUCGACCUUGCAUCAGCAUUGGAAGUUGGGUCGGCUGGAACAAAAGCAUCCACUGACGGGUCGGGAAACUCCAGCUGUACGAGGUCUGUGAUGACGAUAGCAUUUGAGUUUGCUUUCGAGAGCCACAUGCAGGAUCAUGUGGUAUCCAUGGCCAGACAAUAUGUCCGAAGCAUCAUAUCGACGGUUCAAAGAGUGGCCUUAGCUCUCUCCCCUUCUCACAUGAGUUCGCAAGCUGGCCUGCUCACCUCACUGGGUACACCCGAAGCUCAGACGCUUGCUCGUUGGAUUUGCCAUAGUUACAGGUGCUUCAUGGGUGUUGAGUUACUGAAAUCAAGCGAUGGAAAUGAAUCCAUUCUCAAGAACCUGUGGAAUCAUUCAGAUGCUAUAAUGUGCUGCUCGCUUAAGGCUUUGCCCGUCUUCACGUUUGCCAACCAAGCUGGUCUCGACAUGCUAGAGACUACAUUGGUUGCCCUUCAAGACAUCUCUCUGGAGAAGAUAUUCGAUGACAACGGCCGGAAGACUCUCUGCUCGGAGUUCCCCCAGAUCAUGCAACAGGGAUUUGCGUGCCUUCGGGGCGGGAUAUGCCUCUCGAGCAUGGGGAGACCGGUCUCAUACGAUAAGGCGGUGGCUUGGAAGGUACUUAACGAGGAAGAAAAUGCUCAUUGCAUCUGCUUUGUGUUCAUCAACUGGUCUUUUGUGUGAACUCUUUUGGUUCUGUAACCACCCUGUCCUGUCUCGAAAUCUGCCUGUUGCUAUAUCUUCUGGAUGACGACUGCUUUGUUGCUUUGGGCUUGUUCUUGUCGAACUCAAAUGUUUCAGUCUGGUGGAAAACCUGAGAACAGUAUGUGGAUUGAAAUCCUGCGUGUGGAUUGACUCGGUUCUUGUUUCAGAACUUAACUCGGUUGUGACUCAGUCCAGACAUCUAUCUAUCCAUAAAUGCUUUGUCCA